GCAACUCCAAACCAACCACGAAAAUAGAGAAAGAAGUGUCAUGGCGGCUUCCUGAACGUUUAAACUGAAGAUUCCCAGACAGUUCAACGUUUAAAAUCCUCCUGUUUUUUAGUCUCGAAAUGACUAUCAAAGACCCGAUUAAGUGGAACUACAGAGUGUCAGCAGUUUACGCUGUGGGCAUCUGGACAAUUUUAGGAUCCUACGUUUUUUUUAAAUAUACAGGUCGUUUGAACGACCCACCAGUGAAACAAAAAUUCGAAGAGCCAGAAAAUCCCAACAAGCAUGUCUACGAAACUGCUCACUCCAAAACCGUCAUCAUCUAUAAGGAAGAUUUCGUCCCGUACAGCAGGAGGAUCUACAAUUUCAUCAAGUCGUUGAGUGGAGCAUCAGGAGCUGGAGAUGGCGACAAGUAGCUGCUGGACAUGAUUUAAGACAGACUUGCUGCCAUGUUUGCAUAUUUGAAGAGGAUGUCUUUCAUUAUUUUGCCUAAAAAGGGCUAAUAAUCUCUGCAAAGCAAUGAUCAAGUUGUCACAGUAUUUUAUUAAAGCUCUAGAUAUUCAGGAAUUUUUGCAAAUCAGUUGUUUCAUCUAAUUGGUUUUACAACAAAAAGUGUUUUGCAGACAGUUUAAUUCAUUUUGGCUCCAAUUCCCAUUAGAUUAUGACCCACAUUUGGAAAAAGCAUGAAAAGGUGAAAUGACCAGCAUUCUGUAUUUAUUAUAUGCUAAUUAUUUUGGAAAAAAACUACUA